AUGAGUGAAACUGAUUCCGAUGAAGAUAAUAUUAUUCGUUACGGAACGCCUUUGGAGCCGUACGAGGAAGAUGAACUGCCAUCAAAAAGAAAAUAUCAGCAGCAGACAGAUCAAUAUGCAGUGGAUGACCAAGGACGGCGCAGGUUUCAUGGUGCUUUCACUGGUGGAUUCUCAGCGGGUUAUGGCAACAGUGUUGGCACUCCAGAAGGAUGGACUCCGGCUGCUUUUAAGAGUUCUAGGAAUGAGAAGGCCACAGUUUCUAGUCAAAGACCUGAAGACUUCAUGGACGAAGAAGACCGUAGUGAGUUCGGUAUUGCACCGCGCCAUGUGCAAACGCAUAGCGAAUUCUCGGGGCAGAAAAGACCGCGACAGAGACAAUACCAUGAUGGGCCUAUACCAGGAGAGCCAGUCCUCGAACAGCUGGUUCACGCAGUCCAUGAAACGGCGGCAGUGAAAAUGCUCCGGGCUAUGGGUUGGAGACCAGGUCAGGGUGCAGGAGAACGGAUUAGUAAAAAAGAAAAAAGGCGAGCCGGUGAACAGAGAAGAGUUUACGGGUGCUGUCUGCCAGAUGAGCUUAGAGAGAAUUUACCGGAACCGGAAUCAUCAAGUUCUGACUCAGAAUACGACUUCGAAACAUUGUUCGCCCCAGACGACUAUGAACCAUAUAUAUUAGCCCGUAAGAACGACCGCUUCGGUCUGGGAUAUUCUGGUUUGAGUAGACAUUCAGUUCUGGGUAAUCUGGUGGGGGAAUAUGGGGACGGAGCUUCAACUAGUCAUUUGGUUAUGAAGGAAAAAGGAAAGCGGGUAUCAAUUCGAGGUCAAGCAUUUGGUGUCGGGGCAUUUGAAGUGGAUGAUGCGGACAUAUACGCGACUGAGGAUAUGUCACACUACGACUUCACACUUGGCGGUGCUGCUGAUGAUAAUAAAGUAACGAAAAAACAGAAACAAGGGAAUAAUGUUUUAGAAGGUUUCAUUAGGUCUUCGAAGCCAUUACCAUCAGUUCCAUCGUACCCGCCGCCAGCCCUGCCACGUGACUACACACCGAUGGCUGCUGGAGCUAGGAGAUCACGCUUCGAACCUAUUGCUGCACAGCCGAGAGAUCAGGGCUUGGGUCGCCACGAGUUAACUCCAAACGCAAGAGGGCAACUUCUAGGCGAAACACCAGUCCUUACUGCACCAUCCACAUCCACCCAAUUGCCAUCCACGUUGACCCAAGAGACUACACCAAUUUCUCUCAUCGUAGACCCAAGUAGUAAAAACGAUCCAAUAGCAAAAUUACUUGGACGUAAUGUUAAUUUUGUCACUACAAGACCCGAGGGACAGACAGAAAUGGAUUACAUACCCAUCAAAGAUUCAGGCAAAGAAAUCACCAAAAUAUUCAAGCCAUUCGCCAGCAACCCAUCAAAGCAAUCUCGGUACGAGAGUUACCUGAAAGACAAGGACAUUUUCGUGCAAGAGGGAGACGGCAAUAUUGACCGAUUGAGCGAGUGGGAGCGGAACAGAGAGAUGAUGGAGUUUGAACAGGCUGCCAAGCUUUAUAGACCACUUACGGGGGAGAUGGGAGACAGAUUCACUCACGCCUCCGAACCAGAUGACGCAGUAAACCCACUUUGCGCUGUGGCUAAAAGCAGUACGAACUACGGGCUCGCCACUCGUGAACAGAUCGAGGCGGCAGAAAAGGGUGUCUAUGGAGUCAUCACCAGACGGGAGAGUGUGUGGAAACCCGAAAGUAUUGUUUGCAAAAGAUUUAAUGUGCCCGAACCUGGUGUUAGAUCAGAGCCCAAGAAAGAUGAAAAACCAAAACUAGCCUACUCCAUAUUUUCCUACUUAGAAAAUCCUGUACAUGAUAAAGAAAGCUUCGCGAAGGAACAGGCCAAAUUCAGUGGAUCAAAAUCUAUAAGUGAAAUUGGACAACAAAGUUCGAAUACAAAUAGUACUACGAAAGUAGUGCCAAAAGCACCGAUUGUAACUAAUACAAGUUUAACUAGUAUUUCUAAUGAAGUACCUAAGAUAUCCAGUGAAAAUAUCACAGCGACAGGAUUCAGUAAGCGUUUGACAGUGGCUGAAUUAUUUUUAAAGGAAUCCGUGAAAGAUUUACAAGAUAAAAAUAAAGGCGUCGUCACUGAAACUAUAGAAAAGUUUGACAAAAUGGAUCUUUAUAAAUCAAUUUUUCUAAGUGACAGUGAAAAUGAAGAAGAAAUACCGAAAAUUGAUGAUAAAAAGGAUAAAAUUAUUGAUUUUGAUGAUCUAUUGAAUGUGCCUAAAAAUGUUGAAAGGAACACAUCACCACCUAGGGGUAUUUUUGCAAAUAUAGAUUUUGACGAAUUAAAUUCGUGGAAAAGAAAUGCUAAUGAUAAACAACCCGAGGCGAUGGGUGCCGACGAUAAAAUACCUGACAUUACUCCUAACGACAACAAUGUUCAAAAUCAAAAUGAAGGACAAGGACACCAUUCCAAAAAUGAAAUUCAAAAUGAUAGAAUAGUACAACCUGAUGCGGAAGUGUAUGGACCCAAAAUUCCCGAAAACCUGCAAAAAAGAAUUGAAAAUCCGUUGGAUAAUUUUAAACCUGUAUUUCGAAGUAAAGCCAAGAACGAUGAUGUUUUAGAAGUAUCUUCUACAAGUUCCGAUUCCUGGGUAGAUGCAAAAGAAGUCCAUAAAAAACUUAAGAAAAAGAAAAAACAUAAAUCCAAACAUAAGAAAUCUAAGCACAAGAAGAAGGACAGAUAA